AUGUCGGACGGGUCAAACUCUAGCAACAGCACUAUCGAGGACACCAACAUGGCCAGCCCAAUGCAGACAGCAAGCGGCACCUCAACCCCAGCCAUCCACUCCAACUCCGAUGCAGACACCAAUAUGACACCCGCUGUCCCCAUGGAUCAAGAUACUCCUACGCCGCAGCAGAGCCAGAGCCAAGGCCCUUCCUCGGCCGUCGCCUCACCUGUUCUGCCUCCCAUAGAACAACAACAACAGCCACAACAACAACAGCCUUCUACACCCCAGCAGGAGCAGCAGCAGCAACAAAAACCACAGGAGGCUGCUGCCACACCUGCGCCCUCGGCACCGUCAACCCCUGCUGUUCCAUCUGCCCCUUCAGCUUCUGUUACACCCAUUGUCCCUGCCACUGAACAGUUCUCGGCAGCAAGUCCAAUGACCGGCAUUAUCUCCACGUCCUCACCAGCCCUUUCAGCAGCUGCCUCGCCUGUUCCUGCAUCUGCAACAGUGGCCACUACCAUUCCAGUUACUAUUACACCCAUCACAGCCCCUCCCUCAGCAUCAGCGGCACCAGCAUUGACACCUGCUCCAGCACAGCAACAGCCUUCACCAUCACCCAUCAUCCCAGGAUUGACCCCUGCCUUGCCCACAUCUACACCCGUCGUCGUCGCACCCACACCCGCCGCUGUGCCUACGUCCACACUUACUCCAGCAGCAGCACCCACAUCACAGCAGGAAGAACUUCAGAGACAACAACAACAUCAGGCGCAACUCUUGCUUCUCCAGAAACAAGCUCAACAAGCCCAUAUCGCUCAACUUCAACGUGCUCAAGAAACUCAGGCUGCUGCCACUGCCAACGCCAGCGCAGCUGCUACUGCUAAUUCCAAUGCUAAUGCUGCUAUUUCUCCAGCAGCAACGGCAGUGACACCAGCAGCAGCAGCAGUGACUGCGAACCCGGCGACGGCAAAUCUGGGAUUUGUAGCUCAGCGCAGCCAGGCAGUUGGAGCAGCAUUACAAUCUCGCAAGGAGGAGGAGCUCAACCGCAAGGACCGGACCUUAGCAGAGUUCUUGCCCAUGAUGGAGACAUACAACCCCAUCAUCCCGGAUGCAGUGACUGACUACUACCUGAGCAGGACAGGAUUCGACUGCGACGAUGUCAGAAUUAAGAGAUUGUUGGCACUGGCAGCGCAAAAGUUUGUCUCAGACAUUGCGACGGAUGCCUUCCAGUACUGCAAAGUACGACAGCAAAGUCAGAAACGACCUGCACCCGGCAAGGAGAAGAAGACGGUGUUGACGAUGGAGGAUUUGUCGGAUGCUUUGGGCGAGUACGGCAUCAACGUCAAGAAGCCAGAUUACUUUAUGUAG